CUCCCCACCCCAAAACUUUCCCUUUCCCUGUCUCGCCCUCUACAGUUCUCUCUCAGCAGAGCUCUGCCUUGCCUUGCAUACAGUUCUGUACAAUUCUCCCUUCCCCACGCACUACACGCACAUAUAUGCUCCACGUACAUUCUUCAUCGUUCUGCCACAACAAGAAGAAGAAGGGAAGGAGCAAUUCUGGAUAGACAGAGAGAGUCAAAGAGGGAGAAGAGAUAAGUAAUGGGAGGAGUCACGUCGUCCAUGGCAGCAAAAAUGGCCUUCUUCCCGCCGACCCCGCCGAGCUACAAGCUGAUUACCGACGACGCUACCGGGCUGCUGCUGAUGCACCCCUUCCCGCACCGGGAGAACGUCGAUGUUUUGAAGCUUCGGACGCGGCGGGGGACGGAAAUUGUGGCGGUCUACGUGCGGUACCCGCUAGCGACAUCCACGCUUCUGUACUCGCACGGGAACGCGGCGGAUGUUGGGCAGAUGUACGAGCUUUUCGUCGAGCUCAGCAUUCAUCUCAAAGUUAAUCUAUUGGGGUACGACUACUCGGGCUAUGGGCAAUCAUCAGGAAAGCCAAGUGAGCAUAAUACCUAUGCAGACAUUGAAGCUGCGUAUAAAUGUCUCGAAGAGAAUUACGGGGCUAAGCAAGAAGAUGUUAUCCUCUAUGGUCAAUCUGUUGGCAGUGGACCUACUGUGGACCUUGCAUCUCGUCUGCCUCGACUGCGUGCUGUUGUUUUGCAUAGUCCUAUUCUUUCGGGCUUACGAGUCAUGUAUCCAGUGAAGCGCACGUACUGGUUUGACAUCUACAAGAAUAUCGACAAAAUUCCCUUGGUGAAGUGCCCCGUUCUGGUUAUUCAUGGUACUGCUGAUGACGUUGUCGACUACUCCCAUGGAAAACAGCUUCACGAGCUAUGCCAAGAGAAAUACGAGCCGUUGUGGAUCAAGGGUGGGAACCACUGCAACCUGGAACUAUACCCCGAGUACAUUAAGCACCUAAAAAAAUUCGUGUCAUUUGUCGACAAACCUCCCGCCCAAAGGAUUUCAUCAAGAAGAAGCAUCGACCGGCCUGAACAUUCCAGGAGGAGUACUGACUGCAUUGAAGCUCCAAGGAAGAGCAGUGACCGAAGAGACAAACCUAAGCGGAGCACCACCAGUCGACCCGAAAAAGUAAAACCUUUCGAGUACAAAUUCCACGAGGACAAGGUUUCCAAAUUGCGGGCUUCGUUCGACCAAGUGGAGAGAUCUCGGAGGAGCGUAGAGUACUACGAGAAGCCCCGGAGGAGCAUCGACAAUCAGCUGGAGAAGGGGCGCAGGAGCGUCGACUGGCUCGAUAGGAUACGGCCUGGCGCGUAACAGGUACUGUAAAUUUCAUUGUUCAAUAGGUCAUUAAGAAAAAAGGUAAAAAAAAACAAGAUUGGGUUAAGUUAUGGUGAAUUGGAAUUGGAAUUGGAAUUGGAAUUGGGAAUGGGAUUGGGGUUGGGGUGUGUAACUUGCUCAUUAAUCAUCUUCACUUCAUAGCUGAUACACUUCCUUUCGUCCCUUUUUCUUGUUGGAAUUUGAUGAAAAUGAAAAUGUGGGUGGGUAUAGCAUUCGAUA